CAAGCUAACCUACCUCUCAUAUUAGAAGCUCACAACACAAAUAUUUUCAUUUUCAUUUCUCAAGAAAAGAAAAUACCAAUGGCAACUUACCUGAAAUUAUUACUACUCUUAUCUUCUCUUCUCUCGGCAAUAGCUACAGAUAUUACCUCCAGAAGCCAUGAACUCGAUGUUGCAAUUGAAGAAAUGACAACGGCUAAUUAUUUCACCUUUGUAACCCUAAUUAACAUGGCUCCUUUUGAUAAUAGAAUUCAAGAAAAUAUCACUUUCUUGAUGCCUAAUGAUAAAAUCUUGUCAAAAACAGGAAUCUCCCAAGAUUCUGUUUCUGAUUUUCUUCUUCGCCAUUCGAUUCCUUCUCCUUUAAUUUUCGAGCAUCUUCAGCAUAUUCCAUCUGGUUCUAGAAUUCCAAGUUCAAAGCCUGAUUACAUGCUUGAUAUUAACAACAAUGGCGGCCGGAGAAGUUUUUUUCUUAAUAAUGUCAAAAUUAUUAGCCCUAAUAUUUGCACUGCAGGUUUUUCGAUUCGUUGCCAUGGAAUAGAUGCUGUGUUGGUUGAUAUAAACAAUAAUACAUUAUCCAGUUGUUCUAACGCCAGUGCUCCUCCGGUGGUUGUGGGGGCUCCACCACCAGUAUCAGCAUUAUUACCGCCGUUACCACCGGCAGCUGUAGCUCCUUCUGCGAUUGCCUCUGAUCAGAUUCCUGUGGUGGCUGAUAAUGGUCCAAAAAAGUCAGGGUCUUCUAUGUCAUUUAAAAUAUCUUUGAAAUUUACUUUUAUUUUUGUUGUUAUUUCAAUAAUUUGGUUUAAUAUAUAGUUUAAUUUGUAUUUGGAAUUAAA